AUGUCUCGAAUUACUUAUAUUGUAGUUUUACUAGUGUGUGUUUUUGCGAAUAAUUACAAUUGUUAUGAAGUGCCACCAGCGAAGUUAGAAGCAAUUUAUCCGAAAGGAUUACGCGUGUCUAUUCCAGAUGAUGGAUACAGUUUAUUCGCUUUCCAUGGGAAACUUAAUGAAGAAAUGGAAGGUUUGGAAGCAGGUCAAUGGUCCCGGGACAUUACUAAGGUGAAAAAUGGAAGAUGGACUUUUAGAGACCGGGAAGCACAAUUGAAAAUUGGGGAUAAAAUUUAUUUUUGGACAUUUGUCAUAAAGGAUGGGCUUGGAUAUAGACAGGAUAACGGAGAAUGGACUGUAACAGAGUUUGUAAAUGAAGAAGGCAAUCCCAUUAACAUCAAUGGCACACCAAUAGAUGUUACAACAGAAACUGCUACAUCAAAUGCCCAGGUGCUUAUAAACAAACCGUCUACGCUAACGGGCUAUCCAUGUGAGUUAUCAGAGUCCCAAGUAUCCGUGUCCGGGUUUGUUUGCAAAGGACAACUUCUUUUUGAAGAUAAUUUCAACUCUAACAUUGAAAGAGGACAAAUAUGGAAACAUGAAAUUAAAUUUCCGGGAGAACCUGAUUACCCAUUUAAUGUUUACAUGUCAGAAUCCAAUAUUCGUGUAAGUGAUGGCGAACUUAUUAUCAACCCCAUCACAUUGGAGUCUAAGUACGGAGAAGAUAUUGUUCGACAAUCGCUGGAUCUCACAGCUAGAUGUACAGGAGUUCCUGGUACCAACGAAUGUUACCGUGAAGCAUCGGGGCCCAUUAUCCUACCUCCUAUCAUUUCGGCUAAGGUUACGACUAAAAGUAGGUUCAGUUUUAAAUAUGGCAGAAUAGAAGUUCGAGCACGGAUGCCCUUUGGAAAUUGGUUAAUACCCGAGAUACAACUGGAGCCUCGAGACAAUGUAUAUGGAUUUAGGAAUUAUGCCUCUGGUAUAAUACGCGUUGCCUGCGUUAAAGGCAACGUAGAAUAUUCCAAGAAACUGUACGGCGGCCCCAUUAUGUGUGAAUCGGAACCUUACCGAUCCGCAAAUCUCAAAACGAAAAUUGGGAAUGAUCACUGGUACAAGGAUUUCCAUAAUUACACCUUAAUUUGGAGGCCAAAUGGAAUACUCCUUUCUGUGGAUGGUGAACAGUAUGGAGAAGUAAGUCCAGGAGAAGGUUUUUUCGAAGAAGCGAAGAAUAAUAAUGUGACGGCUGCAUCGCAAUGGCAAAGAGGAACUCUCAUGGCUCCCUUUGAUGAGCUGUUCUAUAUUUCGCUGGGUCUCAGCGUUGGUGGUAUUCACGAGUUUCCUGACACUUCCAGUAAACCUUGGAGCAAUCGUUCUCCAAAAGCCAUGCUUAACUUCUGGAACGCUCGCGAACAAUGGUUGAAUACCUGGUACACCGACACAAAUGCGCUCAGAGUAGAUUAUGUGCAAGUUUUCGCGCUAUAA